GCGAACGAGGCCGAUGCCGAGGCCGUCUAGGAUUCGAAAUGUGCGCGUAAUGUGUCAAGUUUGUUGUUAAGUUUAUUUAUGUAGUGCGCCAUGGAUACCAAAUACGCCUCCUGGAUGUGCUGUUUGAUUUUUUCUGCGAUGUUCGCAUCGAAAUCUGAUCGUGUCGAAGCAGUACGACCUAAGAUCGUAACUCACUUGGACGACUCGACCGAUGUGAUUCUAAGGGCAGGCGACAACUUUAACAUGACGUGCCAGGGCAGUAAGCCCCUGAAGUGGGUGACGCCGGAAGUACAGGAACCUAAAAACACUUGGACUACGUUUUCCGUGAAAGACUUCGAGAGUACACAUAAUUCUGACUACCACUACGGGGCGGUUUUGUACAUAACCAACAUGUCCUACCCCUUCGUAGGGUUCUACGUCUGCGCUCACCAAAACGACAGCGAAAACUACCUGAGCGAAUCGAAGAGCGACGAGAAUGAUAGUAUAUAUUUAUAUGUCAACGAUACCGAACAUUUAUCGGUAUUGGACGAAUACCCGAUCCAGCCAGCUACACAGUACCAAGAAACUACCAUACCUUGCAGACCGACAGCGCCCGACGUUAAAGUGGAACUAAUGAGCUUUGACGAAGAACUAACGAAUGUCGUUGAAACGGAGAAACUGAUUAUGGACGAAUGCGAGGACAUGGAAGAGUGCCAUUUUAUGACGUUUUAUCGCUUUGAUCCGCGUUACGGGUUUAUCACGAACGACACCAAGGUGCUGAGCGAUAGCAAACGAUACGAUUGCAAAUUUUCCAAAGCGCGUUUCGUUGAGAGUUACACGACAUUCCUGUCUAUCGAAGCUGGAAGAACCCAUUUGGCAACUCCUUUCGUAAAAGAUCUGAGCGAUGGUCAUACCGACGUCGGUCAGACUUUGGAACUGCAAUGCGUGCUGAGAGAAACGUCUCCGUUUAUCGACUUCAAAUGGAAGACACCACGAGGGGAAUCAAAGGCCAACAACAUUUUGACGUCGGAGGACCAAACUUCGUUGAUAGCCACGUACACUAAAUACAACGUGACCAUCCAAGACAAAGGCGUGUACACUUGCAUAGUGUCCGAUACUCAAAAACACACUUCGAGCGGGGAAGCCGAGGUUUCAGUUUAUGGUAUAGAUCAAUGUUUCAUAACAAUGGCCGAAGAAAACUAUCUCUACAAAAUUGAAGUAGAGAGACCCAGCGAACCUGUCCAGUGGAUAAUAAAGGUUAAAAGUCAUCCUAAACCCCAACUUAAAUGGCUGGACCCGAUGGGUAGAAAAAUCGAAAGCAGUUUCAAAUACGCCACCAAUAUAACGUCCAAUAUGGCGCUGCUAUUGAUCAGGAACGUAAGCGUUAUGGAUUCGGGUAUAUACGUGCUGCACGGUAAAAGUGCUCGACGAGAUAAAACUACUGGUCUGGAAACAUGUUUGGCAGAGAAGGAGCUGAAGCUGGAACUUGAAGUUAAAGACGCACCUAUCGUUGACAUAAUACACACGCAAGAGUAUUAUUUGAUUAACAGAACCGCGAAAAUUAAAUGUGUCGCCAUCGGAAAUCCGGUUCCGUCUAUAGUCUGGCAACAUAAGAAAUGCUUGGACACCAACUGUCAAGUUGAAAAGGUUCAAAGACCUACCCAUAAUAUGAAGUACCAAAGCAUUUCGUACUUAGAAGUUGACACCGCCAAUGAGGGUGAAGUCACGUGUUCUGCAUCGAAUCCGUUGGGAAAAGGGUACAGAAGUUCCAGGUACCACAUUUCAGAUGUGAAAGGCGGAUUCGAUGUAUACGAUUUUGGGGAAAACGCAGUAGUGGAAAAGGAUGGCAGUGUGGUGAAAACCGCCAGCGGAGACGAGUUGGCGUUUUCCUGCGGCGUGGCUCGCGGAAAAUCGGACGAGAUCAAACUCUUUUACAACGACGUAGAGAUAACCGGCAAUAGCGAUCGACAUUCUCUGGAGAGAUCGUUUAAUAUUUUAUCGAAUAAGGCAAGGCUUUCGAUACAAAAGGGCAACAUUUCGGACAGUGGUAUUUACAGCUGUCGAAUAAGAGACAACAAAAGCGGGAAAUACCAGUACAAAAACGUAACUUUCGUAGUAUCAGAUCCGCAAAAACCGGAAAUUGUGAUUACCAAUUUGGAUAAACCGGUGGAUAUGGAAUACCCGAACGCACCCCUCAAGUUAUUUUGCAAGUACAGGGGAAUUCCGAAGCCUCUCGUCGAAUGGUUUAAGGAUGGUGUUAUCCUCAAAACUUCGGAACAUGUAUUUUUGGAAGAAAACAACCAGGUCCUUAUAUUCAACAAGACGCGUAUAGAAGACGAAGGUUCGUACAAGUGUGAAGUUUCCAACAACAUGGGAGUGACCUUCAAGGAAACCCAAUUGAAGUUCAAAUACAAACAUCAAAAUAUAAUCGUCUAUUACUACAUGAUAGGGGCUAUAGGUGUUCUGUUGUUGAUCGCUACAAUCUACAUCGUGAUCAAAGUCAGGAAGGAAAGGAAAUUGAAAAUGGAGCUCAAGCUGCUUGGAUUGGAAAACUUCCACAAGGGCAAUCCAGAAAAUUUAAAUCCAGAACUGGGCAUCGAUGACCAAGCGGAGUUGCUACCAUACAAGAAGGAGUGGGAGUUCCCUGUCGAGCAACUUAAACUAGGGAAGCAGCUGGGGUCCGGAGCUUUCGGGGUCGUAAUGAAAGCUGAAGCCCGGAGAAUUAUCGAUGGCGAAGAGAAGACAACUGUUGCGGUAAAGAUGGUAAAGAAAAAUGCUGACCAGAGUUACAUCCGAGCGCUAGCGUCUGAGCUGAAGAUAAUGGUGCAUCUCGGGAAACAUGUAAAUGUGGUCAACCUAUUGGGAGCUUGCACCAAGAACGUCGCCAAAAGAGAACUCUAUGUCAUCGUCGAAUAUUGCCGAUAUGGGAACUUGCAAAAUUACCUGCUGAGACACAGAGAUAGUUUUGUGAACCAGAUUCAGCCGAGGACCGGAAAACUGGACUUCAGUAUAGGGUCGGAAUUUCUGGACAGGUCGUAUUCUGUGACCAGCGACAACGGUAAGAGUGUGACUGCUUUACAAUACGCCACGUUGGCAUUUUCUGACAGCAUUGGACCCCCCACACCACACGCCAGCAUGCAGGAUUAUAGAGGGAAAUGCGAUAGCAUCACCGGUAGUUCCAAUGCAACACAAAUGACAACUUUGCCAGAUGAGAUGAUCAUGACCAGCAACGGUAGCAUGCAACCAGAAUGGCGAUCCAACUAUCGGGGAGACUACAGAGGAUGCGUGAAGCCUGUCACUACCCGAGACUUAAUAGCCUGGUCUUUUCAAGUGGCUAGGGGCAUGGAGUACCUGGCCUCAAGAAGGGUACUACAUGGCGAUCUGGCUGCCAGGAACAUCCUUCUGACGGAUGACAAUGUAGUGAAGAUAUGUGAUUUCGGACUUGCGAAAACAAUGUACAACGACAACAACUAUAAAAAGAAAGGAAACGGUCCGGUUCCGGUGAAGUGGAUGGCUGUCGAAUCUAUCACGGACCGGGUUUUCUCCACCCAGUCGGACAUCUGGUCCUUCGGUAUCGUGCUAUGGGAGUUGUUCUCGCUAGGUAAAACCCCAUAUCCCGGUAUGGAGGCGAACGAGAGGCUGUACAACAGACUCGUCGAAGGUUACAGGAUGGAAUCUCCCGAGUACGCCCCCAAAGAGGUUUACGAGAUGAUGUUGGACUGUUGGCAGUCCAAACCUUUAGCGAGACCUUCGUUCACCAAAUUGGUGGAGAAAAUCGGCUGUCUCCUCGAGGACAGCGUGCGGAAGCAUUACGUGGAUUUGAACGACCCUUACUUGGCGAUCAACACUCAGAAGUUCGAAGAGAACGACUACUUAGCGAUGCUGAGCCCUCCUUCUUUCGAUGUUUUGUCGACCCCGCCCCCUCAUUACGCCAAUGAGAGUGUCGUGGGCGUGGCCAAAACAGCAAACCGAUCCCAGACCGACUCAGUGGCCGAUGGGUACUUGUUUAUGGGCGGGAACACGAUAUUUAGUCCCAGAGUGAACGACGACUCAGUGUUUGAUUUCAACUUGAGCAGGAGAAAAAACACGAACGAGCUGGAAAGAGUGAACGGGGCGGAAAGUAGACCCAUGCUUCACUCUCAGAACGAGUCCGACACGGAACAAGGCUAUUUAAUUCCGGACGUACCCGCAAACAGCGUCUCCAAUCCUAGUUACCAUAUGCUGCCUGUCAAAUCGAGCAGUCCGUCGCCCCGGCAACGGGAUUUGAUUGGCGCGCCGGACAACUAUGUCAACAUGCCGCAGUGUAAAUCUCUCGCGGACUAUAAGGACAAAAACAAGGAGUCGGUGAGAGUCGACAUACGCGACAACGGUGGUAACGUGCACUACGUCAACGUGCGGGGGGGAGUGGGGAACGAUUGACGUUCGAGAAUAAUUAUGAAAAUGCCAAAAUCAUAUAGCUUUAAAUGACAUAGCGUUGUGAUUUCGACACGCGUUUUAAUUGGGAAGAUUGAUUGAAGGAUUGCCAACUCCAAAAAAGGGACAUGUCACAUUUUCAAAAAAUUGUUCAGAAAAGGUAAAACACUUAACUUUUUAAUUUUUAAUUUGAAGCGUAUUCUUCGGAAUGCAUUUUCUAAACGAACGAAAAAUUUUGCAUUCUGUUUGGUUUUUAAUUGCUUGCCCGUCAAAAUUGACAGAUGGCGUAAUCCCCUAUCUGCAGUAAGAUAAAACGAAAAGCAUUUAUUUUGACUUUUUACCGUCACAUUUUCAAAAACUUGUUCAGAAAACGAAAAAAAACUAACUUUUUAAUUUUCAUUUUUUUUGUAUCGUAUUCUUCAGAAUACUUUUUGUGAACGGACUAGAAAUUUUACAUUUACUGCAGUAAAAUAAAACUAAAAGCAUUUAUUUUCAAUUUUUACUGUCACAUUUUCAAAAAAUAGUUCAGAAAAUGAAAAAACUAACUUUUUAAUUUUCAUUUUUUUGUAGCGUAUUCUUCAGGAUGCGUUUUGUAAACUGAAUAGAAAUUUUGCACUUUAUUUGUUUGUUAAUUGUUUGAUCGUCCAAAUUGACAGAUGGAGGUAUCCCCUUUUUGUAGUAAAAUAAAACGAAAAGCAUUUAUUUUGACUUUUUACCAUCACAUUUUUAAAAAAAAGUUCAGAAAAUGAAAAAAACUAACUUUUGCGUUUUGUAAACUGAUUAGAAAUUUUGUAUUUUGUUUUUUUUUUAAUGCUUGGCCGUCAAAAUUAACGUAUCCCAUAUUUUUAUUUUGACUUUUCACUGUCAUAUUUUCAAAAUUGUUUAAAAAACGAAAUAACUUUUUAAUUAAUUUUCUUGCAGCGUAUUCUUCAGAAUACGUUUUAUAAACCGUGAAGAAAUUUUGUAAAUAAAUGAAGAUGUCCCCUUUCUGCAGUUGGAAAUUCAAAUAACGUAACUUGUGGUACACAUUGAUGUGUAGAUUUACUAUUACAUAUUUAUUUUUAUACGAGGGGUGCCGAAAAGAACGGUAUAUUAUAGGUAUGUAUAUAAUUUUUAAUUGCAAGCAGAUUUGACUAUUUUCCACGUAUUUAAUAUUUAAUUUUCAAUUUCAAUUGUCACUCACAGGGUGAUCAAGUAAAGUUAAUAUUUUGUUUAAUGGUAAAAUGGGCAUUACUGGAGCUCUUAAAAUAAACUUAGUGAAUUUAAUACAAAUAAGCAAGGUAGAAGAAGCGUAGAGAAGGAAUUUGGAGCCAGAAUUUUAUUUCCAGUAUGAAGAAAAUUUGACAGCAGUGCGAUAUUUAGAUUUAUUCAGAAUACCAUUCCCGAAAUUAAUUUGACUACAAGAUGGCGCUCCGUAUCAUCGAAGUGCUGAUGUCAGAGAAUUUUUAAAUGGAAAUUUUAGACGAUCGAUUGGGCAAAAUGACACCAUCUGGCCACCAAGAGGAGCGUAUUUAAGCCCACUAGACUUCUUUUUGUGGGGCACUUUAAAAGAGAGAAGUUUUUACAUUACAAGUAAUUAUACAAAGACAUAAAUCGUUUGGAGGAUAUACAUACCUCUUGCAUCAUUCAAAAUGAUGGACACGUGGAAAAUAUAAUAUAAAAUCAUUAAUUUUCUUUUUAAAAAUUAAAUAAUCUUAAUUUAAAAGAAAAAACUUUAUUUGAACGCCCUGUAUAUAACUGAGUGACAAUUGAAGCGAUACAAAGAAAUUAAAGAUCAUUUAACCGGAACCAACAAUAUCCAAGGGUUGGGUAGCAUACCCGAUAUUAUUUCAUUGUUCUCAGAAGUUUAAUUUUAAUCAAAUUUAAAUUUAAAUUGAAUAAUAUAUUUUUUAUAAUUUAAUAUACAUACAAAUAAUAAAAUAAUGUAUAUAUUACAAUGUAUCAUACUCGUAUUUGCAUUUUUCUCAUUUUUGUAUACAAAAUUUCGAAUUUUUCGACAAAUCAAAAACAUUCCUUAUUUUAUGCAAUUUUGAACAGAAAUAACAUUAAAAGUAUGACCGUCGUAAUUAAACAAAAUACAAAAGACGCCGUGCUGAUAGUUCUAGCCUCAGUAUAUAAAAACACGAGAAUAUAAUAAAUAUUCUUAAUAAUAAAUAAAUAAAUAAUAAAAGGAUCUACUUUUUAUGAAAUGGUAUGCAAGGCUCCGGAUUGAAAAAAACUGUAUUUUUUUGACACACCGUGUAUAUAAAUAGUUAUGUAAUAGGAAUAUUUUAGCCCACAACUUUCUUAAUAAACUUUUUUCUAAAAUGUAAAAUAAAAAAGUAUAGUACAGAUUUUUAAAUGUACGAUUUAUCUCGCUAGACCGUGGUAAUACAGAAAUAUAUUUUCAACCCCCACAUAUGCACAUGAUGCACAUGUAUUUUGCUAAGUCUUCAGAACUUAAGUUUGAACUAAUUUUUCUACGAUUUUUUAAAUGGACAUGCGGACUUGAACGUAAAGGAGAAGUAUGUUUUAUAUUCAACGUUCGUAAUUAUGUAAACUGGUAUUAUGAAGUACUUAAUUCGGAAGUGAAUUGUUUAUGUUGAUAUGUAUGAUGAUUUGCGUGCGUAACUAUUAAGAAAAAUGCUUGUUUUUGAAGAAAAUGUGCCAACUUUUUACUCAAUUUUUGUACAAAUAGCCGCUUAAUGUUUUUUUGAAUAUGUAUAUAUUAAUUAAAUUUAUAAUUAUGCCAUAUAGGUUUAUUUUCUAUUAUAAACAGUUUCAUAUUUAUAAAAUAAAUCCACAAAAAUUUUAUGUGUUGCUU